AUGAGCCUGGGUUCUCAAAUGACUCUGUGGGGAAGAGGUGCCUCUCCCACUCUGGGUUUCACCUACUCACUAUUAUGCCAAGAGCACAGAAAACUUUAUUCAUCCACACUGCUCGGGAGAAGGGUAGGCUCACUUCAAUAUGGUAUCCUCUUGGGCCUCCGCCAGCUCAUGCUCGAUGUGCUUCUGCUCAUCCGGCUUCUUCUUCUCCUCGGCUGCGAGCCUACUCUCCUCUUCUGCCCGGGGUUUCAGGUAAUUGUAGCGCUUGUAGGCCAUGCUGAGGAACAGGGCGGAGUAACGGCCGAGCUUGAUGAGCAGAGAGACCUGCACCGGCGGAACCAUCUUGUCCGUGACUCUCGCAGAACUGAUGCUUUUGAACUGUGGUAUUGGAGAAAACUCUUGAGAGUCCCUUGGACUGCAUGA